AUGUCAGUUGUAAAUGGACUGAUAUGGAAGCAUCGAACAUACAAACUUAUCCUUAAUAAAACAUUUAAACAAUUUUGUACAGACAAAUGUGUAGAUAUAAAGAAUGAAAUAAUAACACAUAGUUACAAAAAAACGGAAUAUGAACAAAAUAUUAAUAAAUAUAAACAAUGUAAAGAUUAUAUUGAUUUAAAACAAAAAAUAUACUAUGAUUAUUUGUCAAAAGAAACACCCAUACUUAGUAUUGGCAGAAAACAACAAAUGAAUAAUGAAGAACACUAUAAGGAUUGUGAAGAUAGUAAAAACGAUAAAAAAAAUAUGCAAGAAAACCGCAUGAUCAAUUUAUAUGGAAAUAUUCGUAUGGGAUAUAUAGAGGAAUAUAAAAAAUGGAAUGAAAUUAUUAAGAAAAAGAAAAAUGAGUUAGAGAAAAACAUUAAUAAGGAGUCUUUAAAUUUGAAUGAACCAAAGUCCAGCAUAGAAGAAAAUACCCAUCCCAAUUUUUGUAAUAAUGGGAAUAUGGACAAAAUAAAUUCUGCACAAAAUGGGAAAAUGGGAUAUGAACACAUAACAUAUAUACAAAACAAUAUUGAUGAAUUUACAAAAUGUGAAAAUAAAGAAAAUAAUAAGAUAGAAGUUGUGAACAGUGAUAUUUUAAAAAAAAAUUCAAUACCAAGCAAUUUGACUGAAAUAUAUAUAGAUAACAGUAAAUAUUUUAAUAAUAAAAAUGUUAACAUUCCGAAUAUAAUUAAAUUAAAUCAAUACUGCUCUUAUAAAGGCUUAUGUAGUUCGAGAUUUGCUUAUAGUAACUUAAAAAAAGGUAUUUUAAAAGUUAAUGACAAUGUUGUAUAUGAAAAUGUAGACGUUUCAAUAGAUAAAGAUUGUGUUGAAUUAACAAAAGUUGGUAAGCUUUUAUUAAAAGAUAGAAUAACAAUUAUUAUAAAUAAGCCUAAACAUUAUUUAUCAAUUUCACCAGAUAAUAAAGUGAAUAAUAAAAAACUUCUUGUAAGAAACUUAAUAAGGAAUGAAAAUAAAUAUAUUGAAGAAGAACAUAAAUGUAUGAGUUAUUUUAUUUAUAAAAAUAUAAAUAUAGAAAAAGUAAAUAAUUUGUAUGUAUGUGGUCGAUUAGAUGCUAAUUCAAGUGGCUUACUAAUUUAUACACAAGAUUCUAUAGCAAGUAGCUAUUUGUUAAAUAAAUAUAAAUACGAAAUUGAAAAGGAAUAUGUUAUUACAACAUUUAAUGAAAUAACUGAAUCUCAUUUAAAAUUGUUAAAAGAUAAUUUAUUUGUUGAUGGUAAAUUAAUAUAUAAAUGUCAUAUACAAUAUGUAGAUAGUUUUACUCUUAUAUUUAAAUUAUAUCAAGGUUUUCAUAAAAUAAUUAGAAAAAUAUGUUUAUUGUCAAAUAUUAAAAUACGAUCAUUACACAGGACACGUAUAGGGAAAAUACACCUCAACAAUUUGCCUCUUGGGAAAUGGAGAUUUCUUAUGCCUAAUGAAUCUUUUUUUUAA